AUGCUGUCCAUGUCUACGCUCGGCCGCUUGGCCGCCUUCCUUGCCCUCACGCCAACGGCACUGGCGAAGGAUUGGGAAGGCGAGCCAUACACAUGGCUGUACCAAUACCCACUCCCCAUUGCCCCUGUCAAGCAACCCAAGAUGACCAUCACAAACCCUGUCACCAAGAACCCCAUUGACUACUAUGAGAUCAACAUUCUCCCCUUCCAGCAGCAGGUGUACCCCACCAAGGGCAAAGCCAACCUCGUUGGCUAUGACGGCAUGUCCCCCGGGCCUACGUUCCUCGUUGAAAAGGGCCGGGAGACGGUGGUUCGGUUCAUCAACAACUCGACUUUGCCCAACGCAGUACACUUGCACGGCAGUCCUUCUCGCGCACCUUGGGAUGGCUGGGCUGAAGACACGACCCAACCCAAACAGUACAAGGACUACUACUACCCAAAUUCGCAGUCCGCAAGAACACUAUGGUAUCAUGACCAUGCCAUGGACAUCACGGCCGUGAAUGCAUACUACGGGCAAGCCGGAGCAUACCUGAUUCACGAUUCGGCAGAGGACAGCCUGGGCCUGCCCUCUGGGUACGGCAAGUACGACAUCCCGCUGAUCCUGUCGGCCAAGCAGUACAACAAGGACGGCACGCUGUACUCGCCGGCAAGCGAGACGACCAGCCUGUACGGCGACGUGAUUCAUGUCAACGGGCAGCCGUGGCCGUACCUCAAGGUGGAGCCACGCAAGUACCGUUUCCGGUUCUGCGACGCCUCCAUCUCCCGGUCGUUCCAGCUGUACUUUGAGCGCCAGGCGGCCGCCGGCACCAAGAUCCCCUUCCAGGUCAUCGGCUCGGACGCGGGCCUGCUGUCCUCGCCGGCCACGACCAGCAAGCUCGCCAUCAGCAUGGCGGAGCGCUACGAGGUCGUCUUCGACUUCACCAACUACAAGGGCCAGAACAUCACGCUGCGGUCGGACGAAAAGGUCGGCGCCGACACGCCGUACCUCAACACGGACAAGGUCAUGCGCUUCGUCGUGUCGAACACGGCCGUGAACGACCCAUCCACGGUGCCCAGCACGCUCCGCACCAUCGAGGAUCUCCCGGUCAAGGACGGCACCCCGGCGCACCACUUCAAGUUUGAACGCCAGAACGGCGAGUGGCGCAUCAACGGAGUCGGCUUCAGCGACAUUAACAACCGGGUGCUGGCCAAGCCGCCGCGCGGAACCGUCGAGGUCUGGGAGCUCGAAAACAGCUCCGGCGGAUGGACCCACCCCGUCCACGUACACCUGGUCGACUUCAAGGUGGUUUCACGGACGGGCGGGGAGAACCGCGGCGUACAGAACUACGAGGCCCAGGGCCUCAAGGACGUCGUCUGGCUGAACAAGGGCGAGACGGUGCGGGUCGAGGCGCGCUACGCCCCCUGGGACGGCGUGUACAUGUUCCACUGCCACAACCUGAUCCACGAGGACCACGAGAUGAUGGCUGCGUUCAACGCGACGGCGCUGACGGACCUGGGGUACAACGAGACGGCCUUCAUCGACCCCAUGGAGACGCGGUGGCGGGCCAAGGACGCUGUGGCCGCCGACUUCACGCCCGCGGCCAUCACGGCCAAGGUCCAGGGCAUGGCGCAGCUGACGCCCUACAGCAACGUCGUCGAGGUUGAGCAGAAGCUGGAAGACUACUGGGAGAAGCAUGGCGGCGCCCGAGUCAAGGCGAGACGCAUCUCCUGA